AUGGAGAGCAAGCUCAAGAAGCUUCUGCACAGGAGAAGCCGGAAAAGCCUCGACUACGACGCUACUCCACCGGAAGCCAGAGGCACCGCUCCCACUGACUCGCUCGACGACUCGCCCGUGCGAUCAACCUCCUAUGCCAGCACGACCCCAGGCAGAGCACCCAAGACAGGCGAACUUCCACUACACGGCAACAGUCCCCGCGCCUCAAAGAGCAUGGAUAAGGCGAGGAGACGAAGCAGUGCACAGCGGCCGCUGAGCUCUACAACAGGGCCGAACCGCAGCGCCGGCCUCGAACAUCCGCCUGGAACCGCCAUAUCCAAUGACGAUCCACGCGUUAUGCAGUUCAAACCUCUCAUGCCUGGCCUUGAGGAUGAUCUUAGACAUCUGUCGUUGGGGGGAGAUGAUCGGUUCAUGACCGAGCCGAGCCGGAUGCGAUACAGCGAAGAUGUUGCACGGAGGAACAUUUCAGUCUCGCCGGAGCCCAGCAGACCACUGGAUCCGCAGGCCGGGCUAUACAGCGAAGACGUGGCAAACCGCAACAUGCAGCAGAAUUCCGUCGGGAUGAAUGGUGGGAGCAAUUCAGUUAGACGUCGCUCCGUUCCGAACAAUGGAUACCAGAGCCAAUCUGUCAGCCACGGAGAACCACAAGCCUUCACUGAGACCGCAAGGAGGAAGUCAAUGACCAGGAAGCCCAUCCCGGCCACCCCUCCAGCGCCAGCAGUAGUCCGUCGUUCGGAUUCGACAGAGUCCUUCCGGAGCGCUUCAACGUCCCCCGAGAGACAUGCGGACCUCAACAAGCCCCUGCCGAGAGCUCCUGUGCAAACUACUGAAAGGCAGGUGCCCAACGGUCCGCGACCACUUGUUGAUGGUGGCGAUACCCGGAUGUCCGUCUUUGACGAUGCCGCGGAGAAGCGAGCUCAGUUGUUAAACGUGGUUGAUCUGAGAAACACCGAAGCCACGACCGUACACACAAAGUGGGCGCCAGCUGUCACCGAGGAAAAGGUAUUUCCAGAGGUUCACCAUAUCGAAGAACAGCGCAUCACGCGUGAGAUCCACAACUACGAUAUUUACCACCGCAUCCUCCCCAUCAUCGAUGUUGAAGUCCUUCCCACCCGCCAUUUCCUUCCAGUCGAGGGCGGAGGUUUGGUCGAAGUCGACGAAAGAGACCUGCCUGGGCGGGCGCUCGAAGGAGCGCGUAGGGCACGCAACUGGGUUAUCGCCGAAACAGUUUCGAAGGUCCCUUCAGAUGAGCCAGCACGAACAGGUCCGCGCCAGUUCACAGCCCGCAAGUUUGGAGGCAGCGAGGGUGACUUUAAGCGAUACGUCACCCCGGAAGGCUAUGAGCGUACCGAGACCACUUGGGUGCAUCCGCCGACCACCAACGAUUUGGCUAGGUUGACUGGACAGACCUAUCCUAUGCAUUUUGGCGUUGCUGGGACGGAGCCGUUCAUUGAGUAUCCACUUACCCAGAAGCCGGCCACGGCGAUGGACGCCCCUUUUGUGGGGCGGGAAGGUGUUCAGGGAACGGGUGCCACGCGCAUUGUAGAUCCGCUUCGUGUUAAGAGGCAGGCCCAGGUCUAG